CGAUACACCAAUCUCUACGUCGAAGGUGGCUCAGUGUGUUUCUGUUUCGUCCCAUAAUCUUCUCUCCCUUAUUCUCUCCCUAUCUCUGCGCUGCUCUAUUUUACUUACAAACACUCACACACAUUAUCACAGAAAGCUUAUCGAAUCCCAAUCUUCUCUCUUCCAUCUCAGCCUCAGCUCCAUACACAUCAUCCAGGAUGGAUGUACUAAUGAAGGGAUUUUCCAUGGCCAAAGAGGGAAUGGUGGCUGCUGCAGAAAAGACCAAAGCUGGCGUUGAAGAGGCGGCUCUCAAGACCAAAGAGGGUGUCAUGUAUGUAGGUAAUAAGACAAAGGAGGGAGUUGUAUCAGGUGUCAGCACAGUGACAAACAGGACUACAGGGCAGGCAAACAUAGUUGGUGACGCAGCAGUGGCGAGUGCUAAUGAAUUGGGACAGAGCACUGUGGAAGGAGUGGAGAACGUGGCUGCAUCAACCGGCUUGGUGAAUCCAGAUGAACCUGUAUAUGAGGCGGACUUCUCCCAGGGCGGGAUGGAGGGUGGAGAUGGUGGCCAGGGUUAUUAAACCUGGUGUCAGAAACAACACCCUUUCUCUUCCUCAGCUCCGUCAGUUUCUUCACACCCGUUCCCUCAUCCCAGCAACACUUCACACAUCUCUGAGGGGUUUUUUUUAUAUUUUAAUUUUUUUUAAAAUUGUGACAGGAUAUGGAAAACCAAGUGUUAGUGUCGUCAUGCUGUUUUCCUGGUAUUGUCACGCCUUGACUUUGUUACGAAUCUCAUACAUAAGCGAUGUUAAUUUAAACGGCAAAUAAGACGAGGAGCUCAUGCUUGGCUAUGUGUAGUUGUGUGAAAAUUAUUGUGGUGCGUUUUUGACUCCCAAAAUGUGAUUUAACCUUCAUCUAGGCAGUCUAAUUGAACAAACAACACAAUUUAUAGUAUCAUAUCUUUCUUAUGCGCAGAUUAAACAAGUAAGAUCAGUGGUGUGAACCUGUAAAAUUAUGAUGUGAGUGAAGGAUGGUCAAUGUUUUGUGAGGCAUUUUCAAAACAUCCAUUAGAGCAUGUAAUAAUCAAUGUUGCGUCUCUGUAAUUGAUGAAUGCAGUCAUAUAUGGAGUUGUUUUGCUACUGUGUGAGGUGUGUACACUCAGAUUCAUUACAUUCCUUAUCUCAGACUGGGUGACAGAAUUGAUGUGUGCUUGAUCACUAAUAGUAGAUUUAAUAUAUAUAGAAUUCUGUAAAGAAAUAAAUGGAUAUUUAUCCACAUUUCAACACUAUGCUAUUUUGAUUAGUCUUUAUGUAGCACUGGAAGAUUUGCAUCUAUUCGUUCGCUUGUCUUUGUACAUUUGUGAAAAGGCAGAAAUUCAAGAAGAGAGUAUUGUCAUUUAUUUAAAAGAAGGAGUGUGUGUGGUGGUGGUGGGGGUGGUGGUGGUGGUGGCAGUGGAAAUGAUACAAGCUGGAGGGAAAAUGGAAAAAAAAAAUCAUUGUUUGGUUUUUAUUUUCCUGCAGUGCAUGUUGUGAAUUCGGUGUGCCAACAUAGCAGAGAUUUCUAAUGCCUGUGACGUGAAGCAAUAGUUUUACCACUGCAGAGUUUGUCCAUGGUUUGUUCUGUAGCAGUUUGCAGUGAUGAUGUUCUAGCACUGUGUUUUAUUAAAUGAAUGCCAUGAUGUGUCGAUAAUUGAUGACUUGAUCCAUCGCUGUUUACAGCCUCUCCAGCUGAAAUCCCUUAGACGUUGUGUCUCAGCUCGGUCUAUGUACGCUUAUGUUGGCUUUUAGCAAGGAAAAUAUGUCGAAUAUCGCAGUGUGUUCUUUGUAUGAAGCCAUUGAAUCCCGAAGACUGCAUGUUGCCUUAUCAGCACUCUAAUCGUCACUCGUCACACAUGCUGAUGUUUUUCUGUGUCAUUCUGAAGAUAUACAAAUUCACAUAUAGACACGCAUGCACACACACACACACACACACACGUACACACACACACGCACACACACACAUACACACACAUCUCCGUUUAAGUUGGCAUUGAAGCAGAAAAGCUGAUUUUAUAGAGAGUAUAAACGAAAUCAAAAACCGAAAUAAAGUUUUGUUGAAAUCUAUUAAAGUCUUAGAUGUUUUUAAUCACAUUUAAAUUAACUUGCAGAAGCUAACCCACUCGAGUCACAAAUUUAUGUACUUGCAUUUCAAAGGUGACUACAUACACUUUUAUAUUAUACAAUCCAAAAAAAAUCACAUUUUAUGGCAUUGAUUUUAGAAAAAUUAGACAAGCUCCAAAAUUGGAACAAAAACAUGGGUGGUCUUCUAGUCAACUUCAUUAAUGUAGAAAAAGCUAUCAAGAUUUGUGCCAUUUCAACAUUCAGUUCAGUUCAAUUCAAUUCAAUUUUAAUUUUAACUUUAACUUAAACUUAAUUUUAACAGAAACUUUCAUUUUUAAGCCCUUUUAACAACAAACAUGGUUAAAAAUAGCUUUACAGAAAUAUAUCAAUUUCUGUUAUAUAUUAUCCAUUUUUAAUUGCCUAACCAAAGGUGACAGUGGCAAGAAAAAACUCCCUGAAACAUGACAUAUUCAAUUCAAUUUAUUCUCGCUUUACAGAAGUAUAGAAACAGUGAAAAAAUGUUAUAUUUCUAUUUAUCUCUAACAUUUAUCCAUACUGAGUAAGCCUGAGGUGAGGUAAGGAAAAACUCCCUGAGAUGAUAUGAGGAAGAAACCUUGAGAGGAACCAGACUCACUGGACAGAAAAUAGUCAAUAUAAAUAAUGUCCUUUCUACUACAGUUUGUAGUUUAGUAGAAUUAAGCAACCAAGAGCUCCAGAGGAACUUAAACAGAAUGUUUUGUCUCAGCAAAGAAAUGAAGGUUUGCUAAGUCAGACUAGUGUACACUGAGCAUUACCUCACACUUAACUGAAUGUCCGGGGUUCAGUUUCUACGUAGGUGCUAUCAGUAAUCAGGUCAACAGGAAUAUGACGGUUUUGCAGGCUGCAAGGUGUUCUAGUGUUGCACUUUUUUUGGUCUAAUAACAUCAAAUGUGAAGAAAAAAGAAAACGGCAUCAAGAGUCAGAUCAUUAGAAUGAAUUCAUCAUGUUUACUGGAAUCAAGUGAAUAAAUUUGACUACAAAUUAAUUACUCAUUAAGGUCAGUGCUUUAUCACAUGAACAUUUAUGUAUUAAGAUGUUUUUGUAUUAAGAACAGGCAAAGACUCUUGCACAGAAGAGUCUUGAAAAUGUAUGUUUUAGGCUUAAAAAGUACAGAUCAUGUUACCACUAUUAAUAGUCACUGGCUAGCUAUGCAGAAAAUGUUCUAAAUAUUUUUGUCUCUUGUCUCCAGCUCCAAUGUGAAUGAGACAUAUGCAACUAAACUCUGUUCUGUUCUGCUACUGCAUUAUUUUGGGGAAACAUCACAGAAGCUGUUUGUCUGUUGUCUGAAUAGUCUUCUCUUAGCAGUAAAGCUGAUUUACAACUUGGUCAUACAGGAUUUUUAAUUGAACCACAGUACAGUCCAUAGUAACUGAGUAACAUCAAAACAAAAUAAUUGCACACCGCACCCCAAACACAAAUGCAGGACUUCGUGUAUCAAACGGGCCAAACCCAGUGGGAAAAACUUCAUAAUGUACACACAAAUCUUGACAGAGAACGUAAACUGAGGUCUUUUUAAGAUAAUUUAAGUAUUUUUUUUCCAGUUAAUUUAUAAUUUAAUGUUACAUUACAUACAACCUCCACAAGCACUGCAGAGUUUCUCAAAACUGUACAUAAGCACUGGUGUGUUUGUUUUGGGUGUCUUUUUAAUGAUGCUUUACCAGGCAGCAUUCUUAUGGUGGUUCCUGUAAUUCCUGUUCAGCAUGAAACCGCCCAUACUGCGAAUGUGUGUCAUCCAGUUUAUCAUUAUACAACAUGUUUGGAAAAUAAACAAGAAUGGAAAAAAAUAAAAACUGACUUCAAUACAUUUGCAGUCGGAUAUACAAAUCAGUUUAGAUGAAUAAUAUUUUUUUGUGCCAGUGUGAGCACUAAAUGAUUGAUUUAAUAUGUUUAGAUCAUUCUAUAAAAUAAUUCUUUUUUGAGUUUGUUGAGCAGGUCAGAGGGAUUAAAUAAAAGCUGAGAUAAAAAAAAACGAAAAAGAAAGAAGACAAUAUUGCCUGGUGUGUGUGUGUGUGUGUGUGUGUGUGUGUGUGUGUGUGGUUGUGUUUUUCCUCUUCAGGGGGUGUGUUUGUAUGGGAGUUUUGCUUCUAUAAAAAGUAUGCCGUUCUCACGUUAACACAAACAAACACAAACCUUUCUGACUUAUCACGUCUUGAUAAUAAAGCUAAACUCACCAUCAUGGACUUUGGCAAGGGUGCUCUGGACGGACAGGUCAAUAAGGUCAUCGAUCAGGCUGCUGUUGCUGCCAAACAACAAAUCGGUGGGUUAAUGGGAAACCAAAAGGACAAGAAACAAGCAGGAGGUGUAGGCGAUAUGCUGACCGGUGUGGCCACCAAGGCAGCAGCAGAUCAAGCAGCUAACAAAGCAACAGAACAGGCAUUGUCUAUGGGGAAGAAGUUUCUCGGAUGAUUUUCAUUCUUUUGCUGCAGAUUAAAUGUUUCCUAAUGCACCUGGGAACACAAAAGCUAUGUAGAAUUUUAGACAUCUAAACCAGACUUAAAUAGCUAAUUAACUAACAAACAAUUCCUGCUUCUAACAUAAGAGAAAAAAGCUUUAGUUGUUUGUAUCAUUACAGAUCAUUUGCAUUGAAAAUGUUUAUUAAACACUAAUAUAACAA